AUGGCUCAUCAGAAACGACGCAUGACCCUGAGUGGUGAUUUAGACCAUAGAGUCCGCAAGUCGCAGAAAAGAUCGCCCGCUUCGUAUGAACACUAUACAGUCGCAUGGAUCUGUGCACUCCAGAAAGAAAUGAUCGCAGCUAAAGCUGUGUUGGACGACGUCCAUGACGAGUUGCCCAGGAAGAAAAACGACACCAAUUCCUACAUACUCGGCAGCAUAGGGUGCCACAAUAUCGCUAUUGCAUGUCUACCAAGCAAUGAGUAUGGAACGAACAACGCGGUGAACGUCUUGACGAAUCUUACCCGCACCUUCACAUCGAUUUAUGUCAGCCUCAUGGUGGGAAUUGGCGGCGGCGUCCCGCGCGAGAACUUUGAUAUUCGUUUAGGUGAUAUAGUUGUUGGUACCCGGGUGGUGCAGCACGAUCUUGGGAAGAUUGUUGAAAGUGGACAAAUUCAACAUACUGCAGUUCCGAGGACUUUGGCGCAUCUUCUUGGCAAAGCUUUAUCGCACCUACAAGCGGAGCAUCAACCGCAUAGCAGCCGGAUCCCUGUCAUAUUGGAACAAAGAUUCAGAGAGCAUCCAGACUACACUCAUCCAACUACAGCAGAUCGUCUCUUCUCUCCAACAUAUCCACACAGCUCUCAAGCGCCAAGCUGCGACAAAUGCAGCCCUUCAAAACUGGUACAUAGAAGCCAGCGAAGUACAAAGAAUCCGUACAUCUUUUAUGGUACUAUCGCCUCGGGCAAUCAAGUUAUGAAAAACUCGACGGUUCGCGACACGGUCGCGCAGGAACUUGGUGCCAUUUGUUUCGAAAUGGAGGCGGCUGGCCUGAAUGACAUUUGUCCCUGUCUGUCGAUACGGGGAAUCUGUGACUAUUCAGACUCCCACAAGAGCAAGGAGUGGCAGGAAUAUGCUGCUGCCACCGCUGCCGCAUUUGCAAGGGAGUUCAUCGAAAAGCUUCCUCCUACAGAAGAAAUCCUUGCAAGCACACCGGAAAGUGUUUGGCAGCAGGAGUAUUGGCUUCAGAACGAAAAACACAACAAGUGUUUGCGUGAUCUGCGCGAAAGUGACCCUUCUGAUGACAAGAGCCGCAUUGAACAAACAAAAGGUGGGCUACUCAAAGAUGCCUACCGUUGGGUUCUUAGAAACGAAAAGUUUCAAGAAUGGCGAAAUACUUCACAGGGGCGGCUUCUCUGGAUCAAAGGCGACCCAGGCAAGGGCAAGACAAUGUUAUUAUGUGGAAUCAUCAAUGAGCUUGAGGAAGAACACAGCAGUGUAUUGUCCUAUUUCUUUUGCCAAGCGACUGAAGCACGGUUGAGUAGCGCGACAGCCGUGCUCCGUGGUCUGAUCUACCGUGUUGUUAUUCAACGACCACCGCUCAUCUCUUAUAUUGAGGAGAAGUACGACCAUGCGGGAAAACAGCUCUUUGAGGAUCGCAAUGCAUGGCAGGCUCUAUCCAAAAUCUUCAUGGCAAUGCUCGAAGACGGAAAACUGGAUGGAAUACUCCUGAUUGUUGAUGCUCUUGAUGAGUGUAUUACGGACCAAGAGCGGCUUCUUGACUUGAUAGUCAGGUCUAGCAAUGUCAAAUGGAUCGUGACUAGCCGUAACUGGCCAGAAAUCGAACAGGUGCUGGAUCGUUCCCCGCAGAAAGUCAGGCUACAUCUUGAGUUAAAUCAAGACUCAAUUUGCAAGGCUGUUGAGGCAUUUAUCGAUUACAAGGUGGAGCAGUUGGCCAAAGAAAAGCAAUACGACGCAGAAAUCGAAAGUGACGUCAAGAGGUUCUUAGCUAAGAAUGCCGAUGGCACGUUUCUAUGGGUCGCUUUGGUCUGUCAAGAGCUUGCAGAUAGCAAAGUCUUCCGCAAAAGUCACACCCGCAUCAGGCUGGAGGUAUUCCCAAGGGGACUUGACCCGCUAUACGGGAGGAUGAUGGGAUACAUCUCUUCUUCACAUGAUGCAGAGAUAUGUAGAGAGAUACUGGCUCUUGCUUCUGUCGUGUAUAGACCAGUUACCUUGACUGAGUUGAAAACUCUUCUGGGGCCACAGUACGAGGAUGAGUUUGAUGAGCUGCCACAAAUUAUCGGUUGCUGUGGUUCUUUCUUGACACUCCGGGGAGAUGCCAUCUAUUUCCUGCAUCAAUCGGCCAAAGACUUCCUGCUCAAUAAGGCACUAGAUCAAGUUCUGCCUUCAGGUCUUGCAUAUCAACACGAAGUUAUCUUUGAGAGAUCAUUGCAGGCACUAUCGGAGAUUCUGAGACGCGACAUCUGCCAACUCAACCAUCCAGGAUUUGAAAUUCAUGACAUCUCACCAAAUAUCCUCGAGCCACUGGAUCCCAUCCGAUACUCUUGUGUUUAUUGGGUAGACCAUCUCAACGACUCUCAGCCCACCAGUCUCAAAAACAAUCUGAGAGAAGGUGGUGAUAUUCAUGUGUUCAUCCAGAAGAAGUAUUUAUACUGGCUGGAAUCUCUCAGUCUUUUGGGUAGCACAAUAGAAGGUGUAAAGGCCGUAUAUAAGCUCGAGGAUUUGGCUGCUAGAUUCAAGGCUCCAGAGCCAGUGACGAAACUGCUUCAAGAUGCGCGCCGUUUUAUCCGCACCUAUAAACGACCGAUCGAGAUUGCCCCGUUGCAAAUCUAUGCCUCGGCACUAGUCUUUAGUCCAGAAUAUAGCCUUAUUCGAGAGCUCUUCAAGCAUGAGGGGCCGGACUGGAUAAAUCCAAAGCCAAAGAUGGAUAAGAACUGGAAUAAUUGCCUACAAACCCUUGAGGGUCAUAGCCGUCCAGUAUUGUCAGUGGCCCUCUCACCAGACAACCAGCUUAUUGCGUCGGGCGGAGGCGAUAAGACAGUCAAAAUAUGGGAUAUAACAACAGGCCUAUGCCGACAUACUCUUGAGCAUGAUUCUGCAAUCUAUUCUAUCACUUUUUUACCAGAUGGACAAAGUCUUGUAUCGGCUUCGAACACUAUCAAGGUAUGGGACACGAAAACAGAAUUAUGUCUACGGACGCUAGAGGGCCACGAUAAAUCCGUGCACUUAAUUGCUUCCUCUCCAGAUGGCCAGUAUCUUUUAUCAGCAUCUUUAGAUGACACAUUCAAGAUUUGGAGUUUAAAAACAGGAAAAUGUUUGAAGACUCUUGAGGACCAUUCUGACUCGGUUACUUCAGCAGCCUUCUCGCCAAAUAGCCAGCGUCUCGUGACAGGAUCGAAAGAUACAACGGUUAAGAUCUGGGACACAAAAUCAUUUUCAUGUCUACAGACGCUGCAGGCUCACGAUGAUAUAGUAGCCUCAGUAGCCUUCUCGCCAGAUAGUAAGCGUCUUGCGUCAGUCUCGGUCGAUGAGACGAUUAAAGUCUGGGACGCGACGACAGGCUCCAGUCUGCCAAUAUUGGAAAGCUCCUCGCCUUCAGGGAUCGCAAUUGCUUUCUCAGCGGAUGGUAGACAUCUCGCUGUAGGUGAGUGCGGCUCCGUGAUAAGACUCUUCGAUGCAGAGACCGGCACAGUCUUGCAGACUCUGAAGGGCUUUGGAGGUCCAGUAGGCUCUGUGGCCUUCACAGUUGAUGGCCAGCAUCUUAUAUCAGGCUCAGAUGAUAAUUUAGUCAAGAUCUGGGCUGCAUCAAUCGACGCUUGCCUGCUAAGGGUUGAAGAUCAUGACAAACCCGUGGUAUCUAUCUCCGUUUCGGAAGACGGCUUGCGAGUCGUAUCAGGAUCAGUCGAUACUACUGUCAAGAUCUGGGAUGCAGAAACAGGAAUAUGCCUACGGACCCUCAAAGACCAUCGCAGGCUAAUAAACUCUGUGACCUUUUCUGCGGAUAGCAAUCGCUUAGUGUCAUGCUCGGAUGAUUGGACAACUAAGGUCUGGGAAACUACAACUGGCACAUGCCUCCAUACACUUCAUGACGAUGGGAUGGUACGUUCAGUGGCCUUCUCAGCAGAUGAUCAAUAUCUUGCAUCAGGUUCAAGUGGGAAAACAGCCAAGAUCUGGGAUGCAACAACGGGUGAUUGCUUACAUACACUUGAGCAUGAUCAUGACGUGUGCCGAGUGGCCUUCUCAGCCGAUAGUCGGUGUCUCGCAACCGGCUCAGACAUGAUGAUUAGGAUUUGGGAUAUCAGAGAGCACAGUUUCAAAAUGCUAAAAGGACAUACCAGUUUAAUAUCAGCAAUAGCCUUCUCGGUGGAUUCCCUGUAUCUGGCAUCAGGCUCAUGUGAUGAAGAAGUUAAGAUCUGGGAUUUAAAUCAGUUUGUGUGUCUGCACACAAUCAGCGUCGGUACAAGUCUCUCUCGCCUAUCCUUCGAUUUACGAACGAACUCUCGGCUCUACACUGACAUCGGUAUUCUGGACUUAAAGCUACCAAACUCAACGCCUGAUGUUACUGCCGGGUCAAUUGGGACAACUGCCUUACCAGGUUCUAAUUGGUCUAGUCACCGUAUCAAUAUUACUGGACAAUGGAUUGUGAAAGAUGGCGAGAAGGUUCUUUGGCUCCCUUCCGAGUAUCGUCCUAAGUCAUCGGCUGUCUUCAAAUCAACCGUGGCUAUCGGCUGUGAUUCAGGUCGGGUACUAAUAAUGAACUUUUCUUAA